UAUAAAAAUUGUAUGGUUUUCUCAGCCACAAAGAAUGUGCUGAUGGGACAUUUUAAGUUUAGACCCUCACAGAGAUGAGCUACAGAGCAGCUAGACAAGGAGAACCUGAAGUAGAAAGAGUACAGUCUGGUGACGGCUAUCAGAGGAUAAAUGGUGAUGACUAUCAACGAAUACUGUACAUCAGAUGUAUGCAGAGAGUAACGUGACUUCCUGUAUCUGUCACAAGCUUGGAAUUUGCACACUGACCAUAUUUAUACUCAAUCUUGCUAAUACAUAUUUGACUGCAUGGGAAUAUGGAAAGCCAGAAUUAAGCAAUACUCACUAUAUAUAGCCGGAGGUAGUUUCCCAUGCAGCUGAGUAGGCAUUUGACCUCUACGUUAAAACUAUAUAGCUAUUGUGAAAGACAUGGCAUCUUAGGCAUUUGACCUCUACGUUAAAACUAUAUAGCUAUUGUGAAAGACAUGGCAUCUUUUGGUGCUCUAAGACUACCAGUACAAGCACAAAACUAUCAGCAAGUCAACUAUCAGGUAGUAGCUGGUUAUAAUGCUCUCAAUCCUCCACAGCCAGCCAACGUACCACAGCUAGCUAACGUACAACAGCCAGCCAACGUACAACAGCCAGUACAACAGCUAGCUAAUGGACCACAUGCAGCUAAUGGACCACAUGCAGCUAAUGGACCACAUGCAGCCAACAGACCACAUGCAGCCAACGUACAACAGCCAGCCAACGUACCACAUGCAGCCAAUGGACCACAUGCAGCUAAUGGACCACAUGCAGCCAACAGACCACAUGCAGCCAAUGGACCACAUGCAGCCAAUGGACCACAUGCAGCCAACGUACAACAGCCAGCCAACGUACAACAGCUAGCUAAUGGACCACAUGCAGCCAACGGACCACAUGCAGCCAAUGGACCACAUGCAGCCAACGUACAACAGCCAGCCAACGUACAACAGCUAGCUAAUGGACCACAUGCAGCCAACAUACCACAUGCAGCCAACGGACCACAUGCAGCCAAUGGACCACAGCCAGCCAACGGACCACAGCUAGCUAACGGACCACAGCCAGCCAACGUACCACUGAUACCACAGCCAAACCGCGGUGGCUGUUGUGACAAACGACGUAGUUGCGUAAUUUUCGUGGUGAGUGCUGCAACCUUGGUACUAGUACUGGUCAUCGUAGCAGGUGUACUGAGCACCACCUUCCUUCUGCCUGUCAACACUAACAACACUAACAACACUAACAGCUCUGUGGUAAUACCAGCUGACACGAUCCACAUUCCGAGCUGCUACAGUAACGCUACGUAUUGCCCCUUCUGGGCAUCUCGUACAACCAGUGGCGAAUGUAAGGCAUCGUGUACAACAAAUUCUCUAUCAUCGAAUGUUAAGGGAUACACCACUGACGUCCGCUGUGAGGUCACUAUGGUUACUGGGACGUACGCCAGCUGCCGUGCUACAGUCACCCCGUACAAUAAUACUGGGAUGGAUCAGAACCUUUGUUAUUGUGAGAUGGAAGUGAUAUCGACUACUCCUACAGUAUUAUGCAGUGGACAGUGCAAUUUAGUUAUAACCAAAUGUCAGGUCAAGUAAGUAAGUAGGAAAGAACCAUUCUUCUUUUUUAAAAGGUAUGUUGUGUUUUUGUAUAACAUUUGAGCCGGACUCGUAACUUUCUUUGUUCACCUUAUACCAUGAUUACUGUUCGGCCAUUAGCCACAUUCAACUAAUUAAUACAGGUUUAUUGUCUAAUUGUACACACUAUUUUAGAGCAUAUGGAAUUCUAUGUGCCCUAAAAUAGUGUGUUAAAAUAGUUAUUGUCUAAUAGUGUGUACAAUUAGACAAUAAACCUGUAUUAACCACAAUACAGGCUAAUUAAUUAGGGGGGAGUCCCUGGUGUUCCCCUAGCUCAAAGGGCUACAUAGACAGCUAGCUCUGCUAUGUGUGUAUGUGGGGCACCUCCACAACAUUAUAGGAGAAUCAAGCUACGUACGUGAACGUGUAAGCCACAAAGAAUGUGCUGAAGGGACCUUUAGACCUUGACAGAGAUGAGCUACAGAGCAGAAAGACAAGCUGAGCCUGAAGUAGAAAGAGUACAGUCUGGUGAUGACUAUCAACGAAUAAAUGGUGAUGGCUAUCAACGAAUAAAUGAUGCUAUCUAUCUACCGCUAGACAAUGGUCGUAUUAAUAGACUACGGAAUUGCUUGAUCAUUCAAGGGAUAAUAAUUGCUUUGCUGUUUGCUGCAGUCUUGGUACUAGUGCUCAGUGUUGGAGUGAUGCUAGGCAACAACAGGCCUGUCAACAACAACAGCUCUGCUAGCCACCAGAUAAUCCCAGUUGAAACACCCCCCACCCUCAACUGUAUCCAGGAUACAGCAAAUUGUCGCUUCUCAAGGAAUGUCACGUUAAAGGCCACUAAUUCACCGUGUACCACAAACUCUCUAUCAACGAUAGCUAAGGACUACUACACCACUGACGUCCGCUGUGAGGUCACUAGGGUCAUCAGUGUUAGCUCCAGCUGUCGUGCUACAGCCACACUACAGAAAACUUCUGGGAAUGAAAAGUCUUGCAAUUGUGAAAUUGAAGCGGACCCAAGUCCCACCUCUUUAGUAACAUGCACUGGACUAUGCUAUAUAGUUAUAACCAGAUGUCAGAUUAAGUAGAAUAUGAAUAGAUUACAGUGUGUACAAUGAACACCUAUACAUCUCAA